UUCUAAAUCCGCCGCCGCCAUGCAUCGCGACCGUUGAUCAUUUUAUUUUCAUUUCUAUAUAUAAGUCAUCAAUUUCAAGAAUACUACAAUAAUUAUCCUUGCCUAUAUCUAUCUCUUUAACAAAUCAGUUCAUCACCCUUAGUUAUUAUAAACAUGGAAAUGAUAAUUUCUACAGCUGAAAAUUCAGUUUCUGAAGAUAUUUCAAUGAUCUACAACAAAACUGAAGAGGCAAAAGCUUUUGAUGAAACUAAAACCGGUGUUAAAGGACUAGUUGAUUCCGGUGUCACGAAAAUACCUAAAAUCUUCAUCCAUCCACCACAACAAUCAUCAUCGCCAAGCGACACGGGCGAUUAUCGGUUGCAGGUUCCAGUGAUAGACUUGGAAGGCGGAUUAGGGUUAGGGUUGAGUCGCGAAAGACGGGCUGAGAUAGUGAAUGAGAUUAGAAACGCGUCGGAAACUUGGGGUUUUUUUCAAGUGGUGAAUCAUGGUGUUCCUGUUGGUGUGCUUGAUGAAAUGCUUGCGGGAGCUAAACGGUUCCAUGAGCAGCCUCAGGAGGUGAAGAAGGAGUGGUAUUCUCGGGACACGACGAAGCGGAGAGUGAGAUACUUCUGUAAUGGAGAUCUUCUUGUGAAUAAAGCUCCUGCAAAUUGGAGAGAUACUAUAGCAUUUGAUUUUCAGGAUGGGGACUUAGAUCCUCAACUAUAUCCCCAUAUUUGCAGGGACGCCGUAAGCGAGUACAUGAAGCACAUGAUCAAAAUGAGCAAAAUACUGUCUCAGCUCUUAUCAGAAGCAUUAGGGCUUCAUAGUGAGUACCUUUCAGAAUUGGAAUGCAUGGAAACUGAGUCACUGGUGUGCCAUUAUUAUCCAAUUUGUCCUGAGCCUGAGUUGACAUUAGGCACCACAAAGCACACAGAUCCUUCGUUUCUAACCAUACUGCUGCAAGAUAAUGUUGGGGGACUACAAGUUGUUCAUCAAAAUCAAUGGGUUGAUGUGCCUCCUCAACAUGGAGCUCUUGUAGUCAACAUUGGGGACUUCAUGCAGCUAAUCACCAAUGACAAGUUCAAAAGUGUAGAGCACAGAGUAAUAGUUGGAAAGGGUGGAGCCAGGGGAUCAAUAGCCUGCUUUUUCUAUCCAAGUUCAGCUAACAAUUUUAAACCUUAUGGCGCACUCAAAGAGCUUCUCUCAGGCAAUCCUCCCAUUUACAGGGACACUCAUAUUACUGAGUACAUGGCCUUUUUCAGAUCCAAAGGACUAGAUGGUCAUUCUAAUCUUCCUCAUUUUAAAAUAUAAAAUUUCUUGGUUGUAAAAUAAUCUGUUUAAACAUUAGUUUUCAUUUUUCAACAGUUCAUGGCAA